CGACGCAGGCCGUCACGUGAUUUCUCAACACCGUCAGCACAUGCGCACUGGGUUUAUUCUGCAGUCGCGCAUGAGCAGUGUAGAGCACCAGCUUCUGUUGUCCACUUGUGAGCAAAGCGCGCCAGCCGAAGACGAGAAUGCGUGAAUGUAUCUCCAUCCAUGUUGGCCAGGCUGGUGUCCAGAUGGGCAAUGCCUGCUGGGAGCUGUACUGUUUAGAACAUGGUAUCCAGCCUGAUGGGCAGAUGCCCAGUGAUAAGACCAUUGGAGGUGGUGAUGACUCCUUCAACACCUUCUUCAGCGAGACUGGAGCAGGGAAACAUGUCCCGCGAGCUGUCUUUGUUGAUUUGGAACCAACUGUAAUUGAUGAGAUUCGUAGUGGUACCUAUCGCCAGCUGUUUCACCCUGAGCAACUCAUCACUGGGAAGGAAGAUGCUGCCAACAACUAUGCCCGUGGGCACUACACCAUCGGCAAGGAACUGAUUGACUUGGUCCUUGACAAGCUCCGUAAACUAGCUGACCAAUGCACAGGACUCCAGGGUUUCCUCAUUUUCCACAGCUUUGGUGGAGGCACUGGCUCUGGUUUCACAUCCCUCCUGAUGGAACGUCUCUCCGUUGACUACGGCAAGAAGUCCAAGCUUGAAUUUGCUAUCUAUCCAGCUCCCCAGAUCUCCACAGCUGUAGUUGAACCCUACAACUCCAUCCUGACCACCCACACCACACUCGAACACUCGGACUGCGCCUUCAUGGUAGACAAUGAAGCCAUCUAUGAUAUCUGUCGCAGAAACCUGGACAUUGAGCGCCCAACCUACACCAAUUUGAACCGAUUGAUUGGUCAAAUUGUGUCCUCCAUUACAGUAUCCCUUCGCUUUGAUGGUGCUUUGAAUGUUGAUCUGACAGAGUUCCAGACCAAUUUAGUUCCCUAUCCACGUAUCCAUUUCCCUCUGGCUACCUAUGCCCCUGUGACCUCAUCUGAGAAAGCUUAUCAUGAGCAACUGUCUGUGUCUGAGAUCACCAAUUCCUGCUUUGAGCCAGCAAACCAGAUGGUCAAGUGUGACCCUCGCCAUGGCAAGUACAUGGCUUGCUGUCUGCUCUACCGUGGUGAUGUGGUGCCAAAAGAUGUCAAUGCUGCCAUUGCCACUAUCAAGACCAAACGCAGUAUUCAGUUUGUUGACUGGUGUCCAACUGGUUUCAAGGUCGGCAUCAACUACCAGCCUCCCACUGCAGUACCUGGUGGGGAUCUGGCCAAGGUGCAGCGUGCUGUGUGUAUGCUGAGCAACACCACGGCCAUCGCUGAAGCCUGGGCUCGCCUCGAUCACAAGUUUGAUCUGAUGUAUGCCAAGCGCGCCUUUGUGCAUUGGUAUGUGGGUGAGGGGAUGGAGGAAGGGGAGUUCUCAGAGGCCCGUGAAGACAUGGCAGCCUUGGAGAAAGAUUAUGAAGAGGUGGGUGCAGAUAGUGUUGAGGAUCAAGGUGAAGAAGAAGAAUAUUAGGAAAACUGAAACAUUCCUGAAUGUUAGCUGAGAUCAGUUUGCUGGUCGGAUGCAAGGUGCCCAUUAAGAGGAAGUCUAAUGAUCUUGUAUUUUCUUUUCUCCCCAAGUGGAAGUUGUGCUAUUCUUGCUCACAUUAUGUUACCUUUAUAAUAAGUUUGCUGAAUAUUUACUUGUUUGCAAUAAUAUAGAAAUCUAGAACUUGGUGAGCAACUGGUAAAAGCUCAUAUUUCAAUAUGAGGAUUUGACUAAUAGACAUGUUUUAAGUAUACAACAAAAUGUAAUUAGAAUCCAUAUACCAUUAGACUUAAAAAGUGGAAGUACACCAUGCAAACAGUUUGACACCUGACCCAUCAUGGGACUUCUGACCUGCCAAUGAAUUCUUAAAAUAUAGAUUAUUUAACCUCAUUGUGUAUUAUUUUUUUAAAUUUGUCUUUCAAGGUAUCACCAAUGUAGGUAAUAACAUCUGCCUAAUUUUGGUAUUUGUGGACUGAACAAAGCACAACCCUGUGUAAAGAAAGAACAUUUGGGCUAAAAGUAGCCAGUUAACAUAAUUAAUUAAUUCAAAAUAUAUUGUUUCGCAAAGUUUGAAUGGAAGGAAUUAUGCCUGUAUUUUAAUGUUAUCCUGCAUCACGAGUGAAGUUGUAGGUGGGUGCACACUAACAGAAUUGUAAACAUUUCCGGAAACUCCAGUUGACCACUCUGAUCUAGAGCGCAAUACUAUUAAAAUGGUACAGUUGCGCCAAAAUGGCACAGUUUCCAAUUUUAAAUGUUGGGAGAAAUAAUUAACCAAUUUAAAGAUUUGUAAUGUUAGAACAAAAUGUUUCAAUAAACUUCUGCACUUA